UACAGUUGAUGCGGUUAGUCUAGCAAAAAAAGUGCAGUAUACAUAAUUAUCUUGACCCUUGAACUCUAGUUAAAAGUGUGACAAGCAUGCACGAGUUGUUUUCCAAGUGAGUUAUCAUUUUAGUAGAGAGUGAAACAAUAAAAAAAAACAAUCAAAAUGCCACCCGGUGGAAUUAGGAGGUGGACCUGUCUCGUGAUUUUUGGCUUGAUAAGCACCACUGAACAAAGUGUUGGAGGAGGAACGACCCCGUCUCGGAAUGACUCUACUCAACAGUUCCCAGUGUACUUAUCUCCAGAGGUUGACAGUAAAACAGUUAAAGUUGGUCAGUCCUUUGGAAUUCAGGGUGUCAGUGAUAACAGCAGAGGUGCUGCGUCAAACAGAUCACAAGCAGUGAUUGCUGCUGCCUCGCCUCAAAGAAAUGUUGUAGCCCCAUCUUCAUCACAUUACGGCAGUCAACCAAAUUCCUUCGUCCCUUCGCACUUCAUGGGGUUCAAAAAACCAAACCAGGAGCAAAAUUCAGUUCCUCCUCCUCCCACCACAAAUGCGCAACGGAGGGUCGACUUCCACGUGGCUGACGACGAUUCCGAAGCCUACAACGAGGACGAUAUCUACGAACCGGAGAGAGACGGGUAUUAUCACGGCCGACAUGAAAUUGAGCACCACUCUAACUCCGGAAUUCGGUAUGAAGACGACCAUCAGUAUUUAGAGGAGCCAAAAACCAGGGAGGAACAGCCCCCAGAAACGCGACAAUCGCUCGGAUUUCCCGUCUCCGGUCCGGGAUUCAUCGGUCCGGCCCCGUUCGAUCCGCUGCCACCCCCACCAACCAGCAUUAAAGGGUCGGUCGACUACAUUCUGAUUCCUUUGGUCCUCAUUGGAAUCGCGGGGCCGAUUUUUGUCGUUCUUUACGUGAUUUUGGGCGCAUUUGAGGCAAAGAUUAGUCCAAUUUCGAGAUCUUUGAAGAUGGAUGGACUCGACGCGUAUAAGCCGUAUUUAGAAAAUGUGAUGUCAUCCGUGAGACGAGCAUUAGACACGGAGAAAUGUCUGGACUAUGCAGCCUGUCAAUUUGGAUCAUUUUGCAACCGUCUCGGCUACACCGACACGUUCCCAACAAUACAAAAGACAAUGGAACCAUUCAUGCCUCACCCGUACAAAAGGAGGAUGCGAGCAGUGUUCGAUUCUAUGACGAAAAAUAGUGGAAACUGCUCCAUCAACAGUUGCAUUCGUCUCUAACAGUAGUUAAAGGAACGUUUAAUAAGUGGUUAGUUAGUUAGUUAUUAAUAAAUUAUUGUAAUUAAUUUGAAGGAAUGCGAUAGAAUUUGAGUAUCUUGAUUUAAUGCCUGUCUCACUUAUCUGUUUAUUGAAAAUUUGGUAAUGAAAUAAUCAUAGAUAAUUUUCAUAUGCGUUAAAAAAUGGAAAGAAACUAUUUAUUUAUUUAUUAAAUUUUUAUUUAAUAAAAUUCAAAUUUGAUUACAAGGUAUGAAGAAAUAGGUCGAAGAGAAAGUAUUAAUUAAUUAAUUAAUAACCGAUUUAUUUCUAAAUAAGUUUAACACUUGUAUUUAUUGCUGAAAUUCCUAGAAUAUACUUAUUUACUAUAUUAAAAACCUACAAAAUUUGUGAACACUUUUUGAAAAAGAGUGACCAAAUGACGUCACAAUGAAAAUGCCGUUGUUGUUGGAAAGUGAAGAUAUCAUGACACGAAAGAGAUGAAUGUAUGAGAGGCAUGCAGGUAGAGAGGUGUGUGAAACGGGUUACACGAGCACUAACAUAAUUGUAGUAACAACUAAUAAUCCUACAAAAUUCGAAACAUCAGUAGUAACCAACUCACAAAUAAAUUAUUCUACAAUAA